AUGCACAUCUCGGCCCUGAUUCUGCCAAUCCUCUUCGCCACCAUGAGCUCUGGCGACAGACGUACCCAAAAUGUUUCAGACAUGGGCGAAAGGGUAGCUGGUGGUCAAUUUGAUUCCAACACCUGGUACCGCCUUACCAACACGUAUCUUGGUUACUCCCAGUCUCUUGACGUCGAAAAUGACAACGGCGCCAACAGCAGUGGCACUUUGAUGAUGGCCGCAUCCGGCAGUUACUCUGGACAAUACUGGCAGCUUAUUCCCCAAUCCCCUGGGGUCUAUAAGCUGCGUACAGAGUUCCUUGGCCCCGAUCGGGUGCUUGAUGUAUGGGGAGACGAUAAAACUAAGCCGCACCUAGCUGAAGAGGGGAACUACUCUGGACAGCUCUGGACUAUAGAGAGCUGGGGCGACGGGACAUGGAAACUGACAAACUCAUAUUCGGGGCCGGACUUGCAUUUGGACACAUACUCGGACACUCACGAGCCAUUCCUGGGGGACGGCGACCAUACAGGCCAGCAUUGGAAUAUCAACGCCAUCGAAAGUAUCUCGGGGUAA